AUGACUUCCUGCAAUUAUACCCUUCGUCGCCACCAUGACAUGAUCGUUCCUACUGCUCGAACCUAUCUUCCAACUCAUGUAAUAGGCAAUGUUCCCGAUUAUAAGCGACUGAAUGAUCGGCCUGUCCUCAAGUCCUGCGAGAUUCCCCUGGGAAUACAAGACGUUUCCCUCCAGCUCAAGAUUCCUCAUUAUGAGAUAGUCACUGUCGAUCCAGCCCCUCCAUCGGCCGUUAUCUAUGCACAUGCCCAUUUCAAGGCUUCCAUUCACCCGGAGAAAGCCGGAGACACCAAAGACUUCUAUGAGAGAUGUUUUGCAGAAGCCGCUGCUAUCAACCUCUUCUUCCCCAAUGUACAAUCGGAAAAUGUUCGUAUUUGCAUGACGGCGUGGCUAGCAGCGAACUGCGCUGCGGAUGAUAUUCUCGAAGCUAUGCCGCCAAAUGACGCUAUCUUUGCCCUGGAAGAGACAAUUCUGAAGCUUGAGGGAAAUCAGGCACACGUCUCUCCGGCCAACAAGGUCGCGUCAAUCCUCUGUUUAUUCCAAGAUUAUUGCAUCCACCAAUUAAACCUCUCAGAUGCUGCCGCCAGGGAGCUCAGCAACGAUAUAUGUGAUAUGUGUGAGGGUCUCCUCGAGGAACUUCGUUUUCGACAAGGCAUACUGCCCAAUGAUCUCGAGACAUACCUACAAUUUCGUGGGAAGACGAUGGGAAUCCAUCCCUUCUUCACUCUGAUUCGCACACUGCACCCACCCAUCAGAGGAGAAUAUCUUUGCGGCCUGCGACAACUCCAAGAGCGUGUUGGCCUGGUCCUCGGACUGCAAAACGACCUUGUAGGCCUGGAAAAGGAUCGUCGGAAUGGGGAGACCAUGAACGCAGUCCUGGUAUCCAUGGAAGAAAAAAUAGGCUCGGAUGUUGAUCAAAUCAACCUGCUACUACCAAAUACUAUCAAGGAAGUAUGCGGUAUCCACAACUUGUGUCUUGCAUCUGCAAUGCAGUUGUAUGAGCACCUGCAUGGUGCACAGACCGGGAAGCACGACGCAAUUCUCGAAAACACCGUUUUGGCCUUCGUGGACACCCAUCUCAAAUGGUGUGCAUCAUCAAAGCGAUAUCAGGCAAAGAUAGCAUGA